AUGGCACGCCGGGUGUUCCUGGAGGAGAAUCUCAAGCUGGUCGAUGCGUUGGAGAAGCUUGGCACUCGUCCUCGCCCUAUCACCUCGGGUGUAUUCACUGCGGACUGUCUGGACAAGGACAAGGCAGAUGCUCUGCCUAUCCUCACCCAUUAG